CACAGGAUUAGAUAAGGUUUCGGUUUUUAUGAUUAACAACAAAUACAGUUUAAAAUUACCUAUUGAUUCUAAUUGUCGCUUAAUAAGAAAGUGUUAUGUAUUUAAAAAUUGUGUUGUUAUUGUUUUGUUUUGCGAUCGGGAAGGCAGUGGGGUUAACAUGCUACGCCUGCUCGUUCUCAUCACAGGAUGCAGAUCGGUCUUGCCUCACUAUAACUGACACGACACACACCGUCGAUUGUCCCUUCACAUAUUGCACCAUCAUGCGUCAAGAGUUCACAGAUCCCGCGGGAGCUAUUUCUAGUUUCCUGCGAGGGUGUGAAGAAGAACCUGACUACUUAAACCAUGAGAUCACUGACCCUACGUUUCGCACGUUCUACCGCGCCUGUACUAAUGACCUCUGCAAUAUUGGUAACGGUAUCCAACCGGUGGUCGGUGGUGGCUUAUCUCCUCGUCCAAUUUACAACGGCAAUAAUCUUCUGGUCCCAGGAACAGGCAACAGUCCUAGGGUCCAAGCGUCUUUGGUAACCGCCGUAACAAUGAUAAUAUUACACAUGAUUUGAACAUUAAAUAAGACAUUCUUAUUGCGCAACUGAAUAUUGUUUUAAUUUUGUUAAGGUUAAAGAAACAUAUAUAAACAUGUGAUAUAUAAUAUUAUGCAAAAUGUUUACUCACUUUGAUUAGUCACUAAGCGAAGCUCU